UCUUCACAAUUUUAUCAUUUUGGCGUCAGUAUAUAUUUAUAUAUAUUAUAUACAAAAAAGUAUUUAUAUUAUGUGGGUUUGAUGAAUUGAAAUUAGGGUUUGUUUUUGCUCUGUUCUAAUUGAUGUUGUAUCAGUUGAUUGAUGUUGUUAGGGUUUGAUCAGAUCUUUACUGUAAUGAGCCCUAAUUUUUUUAAUUGAAAAAAAAAAUGUUAGGGUUAUGAUCAGAACUUGAAGAAAGGACCUGAGCAUUGGUGUAGUAUAGGCGUGUGUCAGUUGAAUCCUAUCCAUCUAGGAUUGGAUUUUAUUGGUUCAGUAGCUCUUCUAAUUAGUCUAUGCGCAUUGAAUCUGCAAAAGGGGUUGAUGGAAAUUGGGUUUUGAAGGGUGCCAUUAGAUGGUUUUUAGAAAUUUGUGUAGAUGGUGGCAAAAAAUUGACAAGUGUUUACCUUUAAAGGUCAUGGUGUUUUUGUCUUCUUCCUGCAAGUAAGUUGUUCAUAAUUGUUGUCAGGGAACGGUCCUGAUAGUGGUUUUCAUAAUGGGCAGGUGAUGGUACUCUAAUUGCCUUGUAGGACUCACGGAAGAUCCGAUUGCUGGCAACCCGCUUCAUCUGUCGACAAAGCUUUCAGGUUGAGAUAAUUUGUAGUGUCAUAGUGCUAUAGAGUUGAUUGUCUUGUGGUGCUUUCAGUUGCACAUAUUCAGUUCCACUUGUAAGUUGUUUUGGAAGAUUUGAUUGGGUUAAUUUGGAGAUGAUCGGGGAGCACUACCUGAGCUUGAAAUGAUUGUGGGGACACGGUGCAUGGACAAGAGAGAAGUUUCUGGUCUUUUCCUGUGUUGGAACAUCACCACCUGAAGCUAGGGGAAGCAUUUAAGCUUGUGGAAGGUUAUCGCGUGCAAUGUCGCGUUGCUUUCCAUUCCCACCUCCAGGAUACGAGAAGAAGGCUAGACUCAGUGAUACCGAUUUGCUAACAAAGGAGAAAAACAAAGAAAAAGGGCACAAGAAGGAUAAGAAGGACAAAGAAAAGACAGAAGGUAAAGAAAGGAAAAAGGACAAAGAGAUAAGUGACAAAAAACAUAAAGAGAAGAAAGACCGAAAGGAGAAGCACAAAGAUAGGAAGGAUAAGGAUAGGGAUAAAGAAAAGAAAAAGACAUUAGACAAGAAAAAUAUUGUAGGCCCAUUGGAGGGCCAAAAUGGCGAGAAGCUUGGAUCAAACUGUCUGCAGGGUGGUGAGACUGCAGGCACUAAAUUUUUGCUGGAGUUGGUCAAGAGAAUCAGAGAUGAUGGUGGAGCUAGAGAAAACCAAAUGCUUCAGAGUAUUAGUGUCACAGAUCAAGGGAAGGCUGAACUGCCAGGGAGGGUUGUGGAGAGCAAUAUUGGCAAUUCAAUUGAAAGAAAAGAAAAGAACAAUAACAAGAGAGAAGUUGGUGGAAAUGUUAAUGGACAAAAAAACAAAAUUGAGGCAAGAGGUGUGGAAAAUGCUGUUGUUCAAGAUUUUAGUGGGAUGGAUCAAAAAGGGGUUGAAGGGGCUGCGGCUGGACCAGUGGACAAGGAUGUCAAGAAGCAGAGGGAGGGGAAAGAGAAGCAUAAACACAAGGAUGGUGGUGGUAAAGGAGAUAAACACAAGGAUCGAGAACGUGAGAAAAAGAGAAAAUCAAAGGAUAAAGACAGGACCAAAGAGAAGGAGAAGGCGAAGGAGAAAGCGAAGGAGAAAGAACCAAAUAAAGAGCAGCCGAUAUUGGGAAAAGGCAGCAAAGAUGGCAUAGACAGUCACAAUAUAAAACCAUCAUAUCUUUUGAAGGAGGGCGACAAGAGUUCCACUGACAAUGGAAUUCUUGGCAAACGGAAGGAGCUUAAAGUGAAUGGAUUUUUACAUGAUGAUGACAUUCGGCCUAAUAAGUUACCGAGAUCCGUCUCUUCCUCACAUCAGCUUGUGGGAAACGGAAGAAAAUUGGAACCAUGCCAAGCUGCUCUCCAGGUUGCAUGUGAGAGACAGGCGGCGCCCACUAACCAUAAGGUGGAGGUUAAGGUUUCUUCCUGUCACCUGAUCCUGCAAAAUGGAAGGAAAUUAGAACCAAAGCCUAGUGCCAUUGAGUCUGCAUUUGAGAGGCAGGCGGCAGCCAGUAACCAUAAGGUGGAGGUUAAGGUUUCUUCCCGUCCCCAAAUCCUGCAAAAUGGAAGAAAAUUGGAAUCACACCCUAGUGCCAUUGAGCCUGCAUCAGAGAGGCAGAGUGCAGACAAUAGCGGCAAGACAGAUAAAGAAGCGAGGGUAAAUGGUUUGAAAGAGGCUCAACAACUAAAUGCUUGCUCAAGUAAGCCUUUGUCUUCUACUCCUGUACGAGCUAAGGAGAAAGUUGAGGCAUCUGUGAAGCUUCCACAUCCCGACUACAAGUAUCUGAGCCAAAUACUUUCUGUUCCCGAAGUGGCCGAGUUGUCUGAUUUUGAUGACCAGGACUGGUUGUUCAGCAGUGAUACCAAAGCAAGUUCUUUCGAGGUUGAUGGGACGCCACAGGUGUGGGCUGAAGCUUUUAGGAUAGAGUCUGCAGAUGUCACUGCUCUGCCAUACGUCAUUCCUUUCUAAAUCGGCACCAAAUGGAUUCAGCUUCUUUGUUGAUCAUCCUCUAAAUGGGUUUUGAUUCAUUAUUCUUCCAGAUCUGUUCUUCAAGGAAUCAAUUGUGCAGAUCUAUGUUGCAGUAUGCCCAGCCUCCUUGUUCUGAAAGUGAAAUCAUUUCCUUGUCGAUAUAAAUUGUCAUGCAACACAAGCACGGCCUUCUUUGCUCACGGUUCUCCAGAUUGUAGCACCCCUGCACGACGCCCAUGACUCGGGUUAUUGGGGGUCUCUUGUUUUCUAGUUAGUGAUCCAUGGAAACAAAUUUAGGCAUUACUGGAAACUUGGAAUUAUGAUUUUCCAGGAUUUGUGAUGUUCCCCCCUUAUUGGAUAGGGGGAAGACAGGAAUGUGUUGGGAAUUUUGAGAUGGUUCCCUACUCUAAUUUUUUUAUUUUAUUUUUGGCGCUUGAGGACCCAUACACUGAUUGAGAAUGACAUAAUUGCUGUGGUUUUUAUUGCACCACUACAAAAUUUUGCUUUGUAACAUAUGAUAUCCAUUUAUAUGAUGAGUAUGUAUAUUUAAGGGAAAAUAUAAAGGAAGCACUGUCAUUUAUUUCA